GGAGGGGGCGGAGCCGGCGCUGGCGGCUGACACCGUCGUUGUCACAGCGGCGUCUGGCCCGAGCCGGGGGGCGGCGGGACGCGAUGCGGCCGCGGCCCGAGCCUCGCUGACAACCUCGGGCGGGCGGAAGGCACCGGGAGCAGCCCGCGGGGAGCGUUGGCGGGGUUGGGGGGGGGAUGCCGAGAAGCAGGCCGGACCCUGCACCCAGCACCUGAGCAGCCGGGGUCGGUGCGCCCGGCGGGCGGCGGCAGGCGGCGGAGGCGGGCGCGGAGCGCGGCCCAUGUCCGGCGCGGGCGAAGCCCUCGCUCCCGGGCCCGCGGGGCAGCAGUGCUCGGCCGAGGAGGGCGGCGGCCGGCGGGGCUCCCCGGUCCGCGAAAAAUGUAAUGAGGACAGUACUGAGAAAGAUGUAAGUCCAGCUACCAGUAGCCACUCCAGGUGUGGGCUGAUGCGGGACCAGUCCAUUUGGAGAACCCCUUCAGAUGGUGAACUCAUCAGAACCCAACCUGAGCGCCUGCCUCAACUGCAGAUCUCAGCACAGGAACCCAUCAAGGAGGAAACAUGCAAGAUGAAGAAUGGCGGCCACACAGGUCUGAGCAACGGGAAUGGAAUUCAUCACGGAGCCAAACAUUCAUCCACAGAUAAUCAUAAGAUGGCAGCUCCUGUUUCUCAGAAAAUGCAUAGAAAAAUCCAGUCCAGCUUGUCUGUAAACAAUGAUGUCAGUAAGAAGAGUAAAGUCAGUGCUGUCUUUUCGCAAAAGUCAGCUUCCUCACCAGAAGACUGCUGUGUCCAUUGCAUCCUGGCGUGCUUGUUCUGUGAAUUCCUGACCCUCUGCAACAUUGUCCUGGGACAAGCCGCAUGUGGCAUCUGUACCUCUGAAGCCUGCUGCUGCUGCUGUGGCGACGAGAUGGGCGAUGACUGUAACUGCCCUUGUGACAUGGACUGUGGCAUCAUGGAUGCCUGUUGUGAAUCCUCAGACUGUUUAGAAAUCUGUAUGGAAUGCUGUGGCAUCUGUUUCCCUUCCUAAAGAUUCAUCUUUUGUUUGUAUUAAAACUGGAGACCAUUUUACAAUAGUUCUGGUAGGAAAGAAAAGCACAUGGUAAGAUUCUCAUGAAGCGACUCAGUAUUUGCACUGUUUAACUCAUUAUUUUGUAAGUAAUCUCUGAAAUUCUUCCUCUUUCACAAGAUCUAUGUGGUUUAAUAUGUGAAGUUUUAACUAAUUGGUUUUUGGAGUUUCUUUAUACAUGAUAACAAUUGGAAGACAUUUUGACACACACACACAUACCUUAAAAUGUUAAAUGUCUUCUUUCUGUUGACAUGUCUGUUUCUUGUAACCAUUUCUCACCAACUCUUUGGUCUAAAUACAACAUUGCUCGGUAUGUAUUUAAGCCAGAUCGCUUAUGUCUGCUGUUUAUCUAUUGGAGGUUAAAAGUGAGCAUCUUUUUAUUCUAACUAAGCAUGGCAUUGGGCAGGGCCAUUCGCAGACGUGGGAUGGUCCGUGUUGGUGUCCUUUGUGAAAUUUCCACCUCUGGGGUUCUGCCCAGAGCACACUGAGGACAUCCUGCUCUCAUCUAGCGCAGCCUGCAGCUUCAUGGAGGAGAGCAGGACAGGAGCUUUAAGGAAGGAACUCGGUAUCAAGUCAUGCUGGCAUCAGGGCAGUACAGGCAAGAUGCUAUCGAAGCGAAUAGCAGGUUAUUGAGGAAGGCUUGACGGAGGGCUUGGCAUUGCGGAUGCCUUAGGGUGAGCUACUUAAACUUAGGGAAAAGUUUAGGGUAGAGGGCCUGAACUGUCUGUGCUCUGAACAAGUGAAAAGAAUGUGCCUUCCUUUGAACAUUGCAGCAACAUAGCUUUCUUAGAACUAUAAAAUCUGAACUAAUGCAAAUAUGCACUUUCCUACACAUAAUUUAAAUGUUAUAAAUUUUAAUGAAAACAUAAUACCUUGUUAACAUAAUGAUAUUUUACCAAAAAAAAAGUAGAACACUUUUUUAACAACUUUCAUUUAAAUGAGCUUUUUUUUUUAAGAUUAAAAAAAAAAAAAACAAAAAACAAAAAAAAAAAAAAACAAAAAACAAAAAACGAGUAUUCUGGUUUGGGGUUUUUCCAAAGCUGGCUUAUGUUUUGAAAGAUUCAGUUCUUUAUGUAGGGGUGGUGUGCGGUGAGGGAGGGGUUUAUUUAUUUUUAUUGGCUUAAAAUAAAAGCCAAUAAAGCUAUAGUCAUAGCCUUGUUGUAUUUCAUAGUAUGUAAGUUUUGGAUCCACUACAGGAAGAGCUCAGAUGUCCUGCACCGUCACCAGAUAUCAGUAUUCCAAGUGUGUGCUAAGUUAUGGCAACAUGGCACAUUAGAAGGAUAGUAAAUAUAUAAAGAAAUAAAUUUGGGGUGAGACUGAUUAGAUAGCGAAGGAGUCAGCUCGCGUGGAAGGGAGUUUGGUUUCACACACAUCCUCCCAUGAGUUUUUUUCUCUCUCCAGAUUUAAAAUUUGGUUGCACUAACUAAUUCCUUGUAAGCUCCUGAAAGUAUGUUUGGGUGAUGUUAUUUUUUUCAGUUCCGGAUGAAAUUCAUAUCGUUAGAAAUAAUGCAUUUUUAGAAGCCUUUAGCCAGCCUAUACUUUUAGGAGACCUGAAUAUUUUUUUUAACAUUAAGAAUGAGAAGGUCACCUAUGUUUUUCCUUCAAAAAAGCCUAGCUUAUAAUUAAAUUAUUACUUUAAAUAUUCGUUGAAAAAAUCAAGUGAGUUUCCUUUCUAGUACCAUUUACGCAUGCAUACACUUUAAAUGCAAUGCUAACAUACAGCUGCCUUCCUCUUCUGUCUUUUAAAUAGCAACUUUCAUUUGUUAUGUCAAAUAUAGUGGGGACCUUAAUAUUUCCAUAUACCCAAUGCUAUUUUGUGCUUGUAUCAUAGGAUGAAGAAGAGCACAUGUUUAUAAGCCUCCUAAUGAUGGUUAGAACAUUUGACUUGCUAUCCUGUAAAACUGUUUAACCAGAGGCUUGUCUGAUGCUUGAGUAUAUCCUGCUAUGAUUUGCAAUGAAAAUGUUAGUGCAUUUGAAAUGUUUUUCUGUAAUUGAGAGCAUUCGUGAAUACCAGAAUUUAAUUUCCAUACUUUUCCGUGUAGGACUUUUCUUCCGCACUCUACUCCAGGCAAGCCAUUCCUUAAGGCAUCUUGUAUAAUUCAAAAGAAAAAUAGGCAAAUGUGAAAACAGUUUCAACAUAUUUUAGAAUUUUGGUAUGUAAAGUGUUUUGUUGAAUCUUAUGGCCGUCAAGACUAAUUGCUAUGGUUUACAGCUAGACAUUCAGUCUCUUUUUAAAUGUGGCAUAUUUUCAAACUGGAGCUGUAUUAUUCUGGCUGCUUUAAAAUUAAAAACAUGACUCCUUUA